UCUCAUUAUAUAACCCUGUCAUCUUAUCCAACAAACCAGCGUUGUUAACGACUGAGAAGGAUUGAAAUGGGGAACGUUCCCGCCGGGCCGAGCAAGCCCAUUAAUGUCGUACUGAGCAGAAGUGAAAUAUUACCUGGGGAUCACAUUUACACUUCGCGGGGCGCUUACGACCACCACGGUAUUUAUAUUGGGGAGAAUCGAGUAAUACAUUUUCAAAAUUCCGUAGAAGGCACGUCGUUUGCAAGUUCUACUCACCCAUUCGGCCCAUGCUCUGUUUGCGGGUACCACAGCGGAAUGAGUGGAGUGGUGCUCACUUGCUUGGAUUGCUUUCUGCACGCCGGAAAUAUUUGUCGAUAUGAAUAUGGUGUAAAACCUGGCUUGUCUACUUUUCUUCCGGCAUCCCCCGAACGGAAAUGGUGUACGGCUGUGAGUUGUGAUCCCCCAGAAAUUGUAAUACGUCGUGCACGGGACCUUCUUAAAGAUGGGUUUGGAACUUACAAUCUCCUCUGGAACAACUGUGAGCACUUCGCUAUCUUCUGUAAGACUGGUCAGUAUAUGCCUUUGCAAGGUGGACAAGUAAAUUGGACCUUGGAUAUGCUCCAACCAUUCAUCUCUUUCCCGGCUGCCGUAUUCGUUCUGGGAGGGAAUAGGAAUUAGAGCGCUAUAAUUGA